CAAGAGCUCACGGAUUGCACGUGUUUUAAUUAAUUUUACUGAAUACUCACUGGAAAUUAACCUCAGACGAGACAGGACGCGAGGAAAAGAUGAAGGCUAAAACCUUCAUUCACAAUUUAAGCCAGUGCAUAUUUGAAGAAUACAAAGAUGAGAUUCCGAAAGAAGAUCUGAAAUCUUCAUUUGUGCAGGCGAUCAAAAACAUCUCAGCUGGCAAACUGCAAGAUGAGCUCAACAAUAACUUUGAUAAAAACCUGAAGAGAUUAGAAAAAAGCCUGAAGGAUCUGUGUACUAGAGAGUUACCGUCAAUCAGUGGUCAUGUGGAUGACAGUCUGGAAGAACUGACAAAGUCGGAGCUUGAUGGAAGGACAGACAUUGCAGAGGAGGAAGGCACAAAACAACAUGUGCAUAAAGUGGUAUACAACCUAGUGGACAGGCAACCAAAGAAGCCAAAAUUGAGUGCCGUGAAGAAACUUGAUGACAAGAAGAGAUAUCUUGUCUACAGAACAUUUUUGCAGAAGGUGUUAAACAGGGAAGAUGUCACUGACACCUUCAUCAGGACAGUUAUUCAAGAUUUUGAUGACUUGUGUGAGAUAUCAAAGAAUGAGGAAGAUGGAAAAUCCAAAUUUGACUGGUUGCCCAUGUGCAGUCUUCUGCUGGAACUGACGACUGGUUCCAUGCCUUUAGCAUUUAUCAGAGUACUCAAAGUACUGUUUGAAUCUAUUCAGAAUGAUGUGGACAAAUGUUUAGCAAAGGGAAAACCUCUCAGGUCAGGCAAGUUGGCCAACAUCAUAAAGAAAUUUAUCACCAGUUCUCAUCUGAAGGUUGAAAAGGACAAAUUGAAGGAAUCAGAGGAGAAGAUGUAUUGUAGAUACGUAUCAGCACUGCUUUCCUUCUUCAUAGACUUGUGUUGUGUCCAUUCUAGUCAAGUGGUACAGAAGAAGUUGUAUGGACGUGAGAUAGCAGGGUAUGUAUGUUAUAUCCUGCAGCAGUGGCCAGAAAGUGUACUAGAAGUAGCACUACAGAUUCAGGGAUCAGAAGAUGACUAUUACAACAUACUAUUACCUCUUAUUAUUAAAUGCCUGGAAGUGAAGCCCUCGGGUACAGAUCAUGUUUACUACCUGAAGUAUGUAAUGCUGGUCAGACAGGUCAAAGAUGCUUAUGGAGAACAUGAAGAAAUACAGGCAUGGAACUUAGCAACAAAAAACAUACCAGCUAGGACGGGCUUCCUUGAUUGGUUGAGUGAGGAGUGUCCUGAGGCCAUGGAAUAUAUUCCUGUAGAGGACAAGAAGUUCAAGUCGACAAAAAUAACCAGAUUCCUGUUGGAAGAAGCAGAAGAUGAUUUGAUCACAAUUCUCUUAAAUAGUCUCAGCAAGGAGGAUGAAGGAAAAACAGAUGAUGUGCCGGUAACAGAGGAAGAUGCUGAGGACACUGGUGUUACCAUGGCAACAGAUAAUCUCUUCUACCUGGACAAAGCUGGGGGAUCUUCAUCAAUACUGGAACUGGCAGACGGACAAGUAACUGAAGAACCAAACACGAAGAUUUCUUCACAGAAAAAGCGCAGGAAAGGUUCUACUAAAGAAUUGAGUACUAAGCUGAAGCCGAUUGUAUUGAAGACUGUAGAAGAUGUAGAAAAACUUGUUGAUACAAAAGUGUUAGAGGAUGGAAUAAAUUCACCACAGACCUACACACUUGACCCAAAAUUCGUCAUGGAGAAAGUCAAAGACCCAGAGGAUCAGAAGUUCCUUCAAUCAGAAAUAAUCUCAAUAACAUCAGUUAGCUCUCUAUCUGAAGGUGAAGAAACAAUCGGAGGUGAAGUGAGUGAAGAUACAAUUAAAGAUAAUGAUAGUAAAGUAAGCAACAGUUCUGAUAAGUCAGCUAGAUGGACAAAAUCAAAUUCAUCAACUCCAAAUAAAGAACGAAAACGUCACAAAAUUGGAAAGAAUGGAAGGAAACAUGAGACGGAUGAUUCCGAUAUUUCAGCAAUAGAGAAAACAGAAGAUUUCUGUGACUCUGUCACUUCAGCAUCAGAAGAUGAUCACAAAGUCAAAAGUGUUGUUAGAAAGGUUACACCAAGAAAAACAAAAGCAAAAUCCAUGAAAAGUCCAGAAAAGGAUGAGGAUAUGUCAGAUUCAACUGUAAAAAUAAAGCAAAACAUAAAAGCUGAAAAAGGUUUGCUGGAGACAGUAUCUGCUUCAAAUACUAAAGGAAUAGAUAAGGGAUCUAGAGAUGAAAUUGAUUUUUCUGAAACUGUAAUCAGCAUAACUGAUUCAGAUAAUGAGUUAGAGACAAAGGAUGAUAGUACCUCUCAACUUUCUAAAGGUGCCGAUAAGGACAAUGCAAUUGAGAGUACUAAUGAAGAUGAAGAAUUAAGUUCUGUUCAUGAAAGCAGUGUAGAAAUAGUCGAUAUUAUUCUUGAACCUGAUGAAAAUUCAAAUGCAAGUAAUUUGGAAGAAAAAGCAACUGUUUCAGAAGAGAAAAUAAAUAAAGACAGAUCUGACCAAAACAGACUGGCUUUAUCAAAAGUCAGUUCGCCAAAAAAAUUACAGAAAACUGGGUCGCCAAGAAAACAGCUGUUAAAGAAAAGUCCAGUUCCUAUAAAUACAAGGAAAGCAGAGGAAAGUGUUAUGUCUGAAACUAGUCUCAGCUGCAUGUCGGGUUUGUCAACUUUAACAAAUUACUCAGAGACAGUUGAAAUUACAACAUCAGAUAUAUCUGAAAUGGACCAGAACUCAACUGUAGAAGGAGCAGAACUGGAUAACACAGCAAAGUAUAUUGGAGGGGAAUGCAAAGAGUCAUCUUACAAAGCCGCAUCAGAAUCGGGGUCGGACACAUUCAAAGACAAGUCAAAAAAAGCAUCAAAGAAGUCUUUGUCAGGUGAAAAGAAGGAUGUGAUAAGUUCUAUUGCAGGAAAGGAUGAUACUGGUGAAAGAGUUGGAAAAAGUCCUAAAAAAAGUCAAAGCAAAGUUUCAAAAAUGCAUGCAGAAGAGGAGUGUGAUGAGGAUGUAUUUCAACAAACUCCUGAAAAGAAGAACAAAACACAAGCAAUGAACACCAGAUCUAUUGAAGAAAAAUUUAUUGAAAAAGCCAUCAAAGGCAAAAAAACACCAAAAAAGUCAAAUGUUGUUAAAGAAGUAUCUGGCUCAGUUAGUUUAUUUACAGAUGCUGAAAAUAUUGAAAGUGAAGGUGAAGGUGCAGCAGAUGAGGACCCAGGAAAGAGAACAAAAUCAACAGAAGAAAUUUUUGAGAUUGUUGAAGAAAUAAAAGAAAAGAUCAGAACUCCAAGUACAAGGAAAUCUGUGUCUAAAGGCAAAGAGAAGCUCAAUGAAUCUAUGUUCACAGAUGAUUCUGUGGAGUCUUUAGAGAACGAAUUAGAAGUCUCGUCUAAAGAACUGAAAUCUCCAGAAAAAAAAAGAAAAUUAAAAUCUGACUCAAGUGAUAAAUCAAGUCCUAGAAAAAUGAAAUUAAAUGAAAAAGAGAGGAAGAAAAGUUUAGGUGAUGUGGCAUCUGAUGUUCGAAACACAGAUGUGGUGAAGUCUCCAGUGAAAUAUGCACCAAAGGUAAAAACACCGUCAAAAGUUGGCAAUACUGAAAAUUCUGGAAAACAAAGUGGAGUGGAAAUAAUUGAUUUAAAUGGUGAUGAAAAUAAUGAACAAAAAAUAAGUGAAGACAAAAUACAGGAAAACAGUGUGUCUAAUGCAAAUACAUCGGGAAAUACUGCACCUUCUGAAAAACUUAACAUUUCACCAAGAAAAGGUGGAAAAAAACAGUCAAAGACAUCUGAAUGUUUAGAAUCUGUUAGCAACACUCCAUCACCAAAGAAAAGUCCAUUGAAAAUGAAAGAAAAGAUAACUCCACAUAAAACAGCAUCAGAUGAUGAAGCUGGCAAGUUGAGAAGUCCUGUUGAAGCAGUUCAGUCUGGUUCUGAAACAGAGGCUAAACCUUCACUAGAGGUUUCUGAAAAUUCAGAUAGUGGUUCAAAAACACGAAUUUCAGUUCCUGGCACUCCUGAUAAAAAAUCAGUCACUCCAAUUAAGAGUGCAGUUGGUAAUACAAAUAAAAACAAUAAAAAAAGUCCUGAAAGUGAAAAUGUGUCAAAAAAGAAAGCUGAUACAAUUGACAUAGUGAGUGAUAGUGACACAGAGAGUGAUAUAUCAGGUAAGAAAGAUUUAUCUCCAAAAGAGAAAAUAGAUAAAGAACAUAAUGUAGAAUUUAAAACAAAGAAUAAAACUCCGCAGUCUGCUAAAAGAAAUAUUAGUGAAAGGAAAGAAAAUGUAAAAACACCAGAAGGAAAGACAGACACAAAUACCACUCCGAAGUCAGGUACAAAGAAAUCUCCAGAAACACCUGGAAAUACUAGUUUGGUAAAAACUCCAAAAUCAGGUAAAAAGAAGAAACUGACACCAGCAAAAAGUGAAUCGGCUGCAAAAAAUAAGUCACCAGCCAUGAAACAUACACAGGAGACGAACCAAUCUGAUUCGGGCGAGGAUUUUGUUCCAUCAAGCCAAAAGAAGUCGAGGACAGUAUCGGAUAUUAAAGUCUCCAAGAAAAAAGAAACAGGUGUACCUACAUCAGGCAUUGAAAGUGAUGAAGAUCUUUCUAUGAUUCCAGAUAUUGGUGCCCAUCUUAAACCAGAAAGUACAAAAUCUAGUGCUGUAGAGAGCAAAUCACCUUGUAUACCUUCUAGUUCAGAUUCCAAGACUUUGCAAAAGAAAAAGAAUGAAAGUACACCACAGAAAGGGCAGAGACAAAGUCAGAGAAUUAAAGAUUCACCAGACCAGAGCACUGAACCUGUUAAAGAUGCUUCAACAAAGAAAAGAGUCGCAAGAAGCAGAGGGAUGUCAGAAUUGAUAGAUGAUUCUGAGAAGGAGUCUGACAUUGAUGGUCCAGCUCGUCCAAAACGUCUUCGCUCUGCAACGAAAACUGUACCUGAAACUGCAAAAUCAGUAGCUACAAAGGAAAAAGCGGUAAAAAGCAAAACUGAUUUGAAAAAGAUUUAUGAUUGGAACAGCGAGACAGAUGCUACAACUGACCAAUCAGAUGUUGAAACAAGAAGAAGUAGAAGGUCAAAAGGAGGAAAUAGAUUUCCAGCAGUCAAAGACAAGAUUCCUGCACCAGUUGAAGAAGAACCAGGUAAUUUACUAAGUACUCCACCUGGCAAGUUAGCAAGGCAGAGGAAGGGUUCAGCAUCAACCACUAAAAAGAAUGUGAAGAAUGUUGACAACUUACGGGGGACUAGGAAAAGACCGCUAUCUGGAGAGCUGGCAGUUGAAAGUAGUGCAGGCAACAAUUCAACCGAUUCAGAAGUGUCAUUUCCAAAAAAAAAGCCUGUUGUUGGGGCAGACAAGAAAUCUAAAAGGCUGUCAACUCCAGUUGUGCAUACUCCUAAAAAGGAAUCAGAAACUGAUGCUUCUGGUAGACGUUAUUCACUGAGGAAGAAGUGAGAACAAAGACUUGAUACUCUAAGACCUACAUAGAUAUUUGCAACAAACUUUGGUCCUAGUUCUCAGGCAUGAAAAAGGCUGUUCUUCAGAAAUAGCCAUCAGGUGCUUUAUGACAGAAAUUUAUGUUGGGAUUUCAACAGAAAAUAUCCCAAAUACGAUAGUUGCCGUUGGAAACUUUGUAUCAGUAACAGUUUAAAAUUGAUUGUAGUUCCUAGUGGAAACUGUGUAUCUAGAAAGCUUGAAAAUUGGUUUUAGUUCCAAGAGGGAUCUAUGUAUAUGGAACACUUAAAAAUUGACUCUAGUUCCUAAUGGAAACUAUGUAUACCUAACACUUGAAAAUUGAUUCUAGAUCCUAAUAGGAAUAUCUGUAACACUUGGAAAUUGAUUCUAGAACUGUUUUUAUUAGAAACUUUGUACCUGUAACACUUGAAAACCGAUUCUAGUUCCUGAUGGAAACUAUGUACCGGUAACACUUGAAAAUUCUAAUUCCUAAUGGAAUUUAUAGGUCAGUAUAGUAGUCGCAACUUGACCGCGAUGGUUGACCUUAGGCUGAUUAUUCAUAUCGAUUAUUUCAUUGUAGAAAUCAAGGGUGCUUAGGGUAGCUGUGUAUAUUUAUAUGGAAUUAGUCCGUAUACAUUGCGGUAUCAAAGACUAUAUACUUACAUUUGAUCAGUUAAAACCUUCCAAUACACUAACUUACACAAAUUUAUAUUUCCCUUUUCUCAUGCAGCUCAUGUUUUAUGUACACUCCUUUUCAAUGAUAGGUUGUGCCUCAUUAUUUAUUAUGAUACAAAGGUCAACCAUCGGGGUCAAGUUGCGUCCACUAUAUUAAACACUUGAAAAUAAUUGGAAAUUGAUUGUAGCUUCUGAUGGAAACUAGUAUCAGUAGCACUUGAAAAUUGAUACAGUGAAACACCGCUCGCUCGAGCAUCGAUGACUCGAGUACCCGGGCUCGCUCGAGCAAUUCAUGUGGUCCCGGCCGAUUUCCUUCUAUUUUCUAUGUGAAAUUACCAUGGCUGGGUCGAGCAUCGAUAACUCGAUCGCUCGAGCAUGACAUCUGGUCCCUAUGUAUUAAUUUACUAUUUGCUUCUUCUGGCAAACUCGAGCAGAGGUGUCAAAAUUUUUCACACCUUCGGUGGUCAGAAUGUAUCGGUUAAUUAAAAAUUUUCACACGCCGUGAGAAUUGUGUGGUCUAUUCUAC